CUCGAUCGGACCCUCGCGCUCUCCACCUACAGCAACCAUCGCGUAAAUGCAACGAGUCGAUGGACUGCUCCGCCGAGCAAAGAAGUCGACCAUGCGUGGAACGAGCUCGGGGUCAAAGACAUGGGCUUCCUUCUCCCAGGGGCCAUAGGUCGCGAGUACGGGCUAGACCCACGCAAGCAUGUCUAUGCGCCGAAAGGGACUCUGUCCAACGAUACGGAUGGCUUCCCGGUGUUCAUUCAGGCACUGCAUGAUGUACACUGUUUGAACGAACUACGGAGAGCUCUGUAUUACAACAAGGACUACUAUCCCUCGCAGCGUUCCUCCGUGAUACCGUGUCAAGACGCUGAUCCCCAGGUGAUAGAUCACUGUCUAGACAACGUCCGCGAGCGCCUGAUGUGCAGCGCCGAUGCUGGCAUCAUCCCAUCAGUGUGGACCAGCAAGGAUGAGAACUUUCCUUUAUUUGGGAGUCAGCAUAAGUGCCAUAGCUACGAUGCUUUGAUGGAGUGGAACAGG